UCGGCAGAAAUCAUCGGUUAAGAUGUGGUCGUAACAUUGUACGUAACAUUAUUUGUGUGUCACACUAUCUUAUCCCUAUAAUUAAUUUAACAAAACCAAAAAAAAUUACACUUACCUAACAAAAUUUAUAAUGGGAGUUUGGCACUACUAAUUUACUACCAAGGUUUUAACGCACUUGGUAUUUUACUUACCCAACUUGAGUAACCACCCUUCCACUCCAUUUUCACCUCUUCCCAAAACCCUCGCGCCGCUAUUUUUUUUAUUUUUACCAUAUGGACCUCUUCGCCGCCGACCACUUCCCCGUCCCCGACCACGUCGCUCCAUUUCCCGAUUCCGGCGACCACCUUUACUCCGCCGCCGACCUCCUCCUUCAAAGCCGCCAUAACCCCCAGAAGCUCCGCCCCAUCAGGUCCAACGGAGGCCCACCUCCCUCCGGUUUCCAUCCCUGCCCUGACUCAACUCAGCAUCCGGGCCACCCUCUAGAACCAUCGCUCCAGAUGCAGGAUCCGAUUGCGUCCGGGUCGGGUCAUGCCCCGUUUCCCUCGGGGCAGGAAUCUGGUUCAUCAUUGGACGAUGAUGAUGAUGAUGAUGAGUACGACAACUCAUCAGCAAGUACUAAAGUACCUGGCUCUAGAAAGAGGAAGAGAAAAACAGUGAGAAAGCUUGAAGGUUUUGUAGAAAAUUUGGUAAAGAAGGUGAUGGAAAAGCAAGAGCAGAUGCAUAAACAAUUGAUGGAGAUGAUAGAAAGCAAGGAAAGGGAAAGAAUAAAGAGGGAAGAAGCUUGGAAGCAAGAGGAGAUGGAAAGGAUUAAAAAAGAUGAAGAGGUUAGGGCCCAAGAAAGGUCUCGUAAUUUAGCCCUCAUAGCUUUCAUUCAGAAUCUAUUGGGCCAUGAAAUUCAAAUCCCCCAACCAGCAGAAGUAAGCAAUAUAAGAGAAGAUGAUGAAGUUGAGGUGAACAUUCAAAAAGAUUUCAACAGUGAUCUAAGUAACAAUAGAUGGCCUGUUGCUGAAGUACAAGCACUCAUAACUGUAAGAACUUCAUUGGACCACAAGUUUCGUCUUAUGGGGUCCAAAGGAUCAUCAAUAUGGGAGGAGAUAUCAGGAGCAAUGCAUAGCAUGGGAUACAAUCGUUCUGCAAAGAAGUGUAAGGAGAAAUGGGAAAACAUCAACAAGUACUAUAAAAGGACAGUGGGAAGCGGCAAGAAAAGGCGUGAAAAUAGUAAAACUUGCCCUUACUUUGAUGAGUUGGACAUUCUGUAUAGAAACGGGCUCCUCAAUCCUGGAAAUGUAUUGAGCAAUAGCAACAAUGUUUCCAGGAUUGAAGAAAAGGACUUGACUCAAACUUCAUAA